CGCAUGUAUCGAUUUAGAAUCGUAGCUGCAGAGUAUGCCCUCUAGGUGGAAACACUGUGAAGACUCUUUCGGCCGCACGGUUUACGAUGACCAAGGUAAAGGAAGAUAAGGGCACAGAAGCAGCGUCCCAGGAGAAGAAAGCUCCUUCGGGCAAAAAGAGUGGAAAGAAGGGUCGUAUCAGGCCAAGGAAUUACGACUUAGGAAAUGGUGUCUAUAGAUUCAGUCGUACUCGCAUGUUUCAUAAGAAAGCCAUCUAUAAAUUCUUAGACAAGAAGACUCCGAAAACUGUUAAGCCCAAGAAGCCAGUAAUUGUUGAGAAAGCAAUUAGCGGUGACAAGAAUGGAGAAAAGCGUAUUGUAUUAUUGAAGAAAAGACGUGCAAACUAUCCAACUGCAGAUCCAGUGACUGUACAUCAUUCUAAAAAAUGUUUCCGUGAUCACCAACGUUAUCUAAGGCCAUCUUUGAAACCCGGAACAGUCUGCAUCUUGCUUGCUGGUGCUCAUAAAGGAAAACGAGUUAUUUUCUUGAAGCAGCUUAAAAGUGGCUUACUCCUGGUUACUGGCCCAUUCCUGAUUAAUGGUUGCCCCUUGAGAAGAGUUAGCCAGAACUACGUGAUUGCCACAUCUACCUGUAUCAAUAUUUCGGGUUUGAAGCUUCCAGGAAGCAUUAAUGAUGAUUACUUUAAGAGGAAACGUGAGAAACGUGCAAAGAAGGAAGAAGGUGAUAUUUUCACCAAGAAAAAGGAUAAAUAUAAAGCAAGCGAAGAGAGGAAAAAUGACCAGAAAGUAGUUGAUAAAUUUGUUAUUUCUGCCAUCAAGAGAAACAAAGAUAAGAAACUGUUGUUUACUUAUUUGUCUGCUAUGUUUGGCUUGAGAAGCAGUCAGUAUCCACACAGGCUAAAGUUCUAAUCUUUUAUGAUUUGAAUACAAAUACACAAUAACUACUGAAAAAAUAUA